UCCUCGACCGCUUCCACUCGUUUCAUCAGAGCGAAGAAAGCUUCUUGUCCACAGCAAUGUCUGGUCCGCAGUGCUGCGCAAACCCUCCUACCCUCAGCCCCGGAAGCGGGUCCGGACACGUGGAGCAAGUGGGCGGCCUCAACGCCUACGUCGUCGGCUCGCAAGACUCCAAGCUCGCGAUCCUCCUCAUCUCCGACGUCUACGGGUAUGAAGCGCCGAAUUUGAGGAAACUCGCGGACAAAGUUGCAGCUGCUGGGUAUUAUGUGGUUGUUCCUGACUAUUUCAAAGGGGAUCCCUAUGCACCUGAGAAUGCUGAGCGGCCUAUAGGAGUUUGGAUAAAAGAUCAUGGAGCUGACAAGGGAUUUGAAGAGACAAAACCGAUUAUUCAAGCUCUGAAAAGUAAAGGCAUAUCUAAGAUAGGGGCAGCAGGCUUUUGCUGGGGUGCUAAGGUUGUGGUUGAGUUAGCCAAGUGUGAGCUUAUCCAAGCCGCUGUACUGUUACACCCUUCAUUUGUCACUGUUGAUGAUAUCAAAGGUGUGAAGGUUCCUAUUGCUGUCCUGGGAGCCGAGAUUGAUCAAAUGUCUCCACCAGCACUCCUCAAACAGUUUGAAGAGGUGCUGGCGGCCAAGUCGGAGGUUGAUGGAUUCGUGAAGGUCUUUCCCAAAGUUUCUCAUGGAUGGACGGUGAGAUAUAAGGUUGAAGAUGAAGCUGCUGUGAAGUGUGCGGAGGAGGCUCAUUUAGACAUGAUACAAUGGUUUGUGAAGUUUGUCAAGUAAGAAACCAAAUCGGGCCUUUAAUAAAUUCGAAGUGGGAUGUGAUUAUCUAGUCUGAUAUACGAUUUGUGGGGUGCUAUUUUUAUCGUGUCUCAGUUUAUCUGGACUCAUAUGGUGUGUAAGAGCAGUAAAGAAUAAAUGUUAAAUCCAGAGUUCCUACCUCGUUUGCUUUCA